GUGGGGUCUGUCUAGGGUGGAGGCCGGGGGAUGCAGGAGGCGACCCGGCGCUGGCUGGUCCGAGCCCGAGAGGAAGCCCCGCCCCCGGAGACCCGAGGCCGCCUUCUCAAAUUUCUGCUUCUCUCGAGGGCGGAGUUUCCAUCCUCGUGAAGUCCCGGCCCGGUUCCCUGGAGGGUUUGGGGAAGUGAAAGUCACUGGGGCCGGGCCGGCCCAGCUCGUGACCCGGCGACCCGUGGUCCCGCGCAGAUUCCUGUAGCCUAGCCCCAUGGCCGCGCUGAGCCCGCUGGUUCUGGCCGCGCUGCUGUGGGUCCCUGUGGGGACACUGACCUGCUAUGGGGACUCGGGGCAGCCGGUGGACUGGUUCGUCGUCUACAAGCUGCCGCGGGGGCUGCGGUACAAAUACAUGGAUGGGGACUCAAGGGGCUGGCGCGAAGGCGCGGACUUCAUCAACAGCUCGGCGGGGGCCGUGGGCCGCAGCCUGCUGCCGCUGUACCGGAGCAACGCCAGCCAGCUCGCCUUCCUACUCUACAAUGACCAGCCCCCUCAAUCCAGCCGGGCUCGGGACUCCUCCAGUCGGGGGCACACGAAGGGGGUGCUGCUCCUCGACCGAGAUGGAGGUUUCUGGCUGGUCCACAGCGUUCCACGCUUCCCUCCACCUGCCGCCUCUGCUGCAUACAGCUGGCCACCUACUGCCCGCCCCUACGGGCAGACCCUGCUCUGCGUGUCUUUUCCCUUCGGCCAGUUCAAGGAUAUCAGCAGACAGCUGAACUACACUUUUCCCCUGGUGUACGACUACAAGCUGGAAGGGGACAUCGCCCAGAGGCUCCCCGACCUGGUGAAGGUAGCCAAGGGCCUCCAUGUUCGCAGCAAACCCUGGAACAGCAGUGUAACACUCACAUCAAAGGCAGGGGCCACCUUCCAGAGCUUUGUCAAAUCCAGAAACUUUGGAGAUGACCUCUACUCUGGCUGGUUGGCAGAAGCCCUCGGCAGCAACCUGCAGGUCCAGUUCUGGCCACAUUCUGCUGGCGUGCUCCGCUCCAACUGCACUGGGCUCCGGCAUGUGCUGGAUGUGACUGAGAUAGCCUUCCCCGGGCCAAGUGGGCCAGCCUUCAGUAACCAAGACGACCACUCCAAGUGGUGUGUAGCCCCAGAAGGGCCCUGGGCCUGUGUCGGGGACAUGAAUCGGAACUCCGCAGAGGAGCACCGAGGCGGGGGCACACUGUGUUCCCAGCUGCCGGCCCUCUGGAAGGCCUUCCAGCCUCUGGUGAAGGCCUGGGAGCCCUGUGGGCCAUGAGAGCAGGGCCUUCUCUCCAGAGAGGCCCCGCAGGGCAUCUGAGAGGUAAGGCUCAGGAGCCAGUUUAGUCCCUUCCUAAUUGUGUGGCUUUAAUUAAGUGCCUUAACCUCUCUGUGCCUCAGUCUCUUCAUCUGCAAAAUGGGUGUCAUAACACCUGGCUCAGCACUGCUGAGAAAUAAAAGGAAAUUGGUGGGUGA